GAGACCUCUCACGCUGCUGCAGGACAGAAACGCCACAAAAACACUUUACGAAGUUCUGCUCCAGGUUCUGCAACAGGAACCACAACGUCGACUUCAUCAGAGUCCUCCUGCUUCUGCUGUAACCACCACAUCCACCAGAGGAUUACAACCAGAACCUGCUCCAACCAAUCAGAACCCAACCAGAGACACAAGAACCAGAAACCAGAGGCAAAUCCAGAACCAGAAACCAAACCCCGACUGAGCAGACGAGACCAGUAGAAAUCAGUAACGGCCGUUGGAAAAGUUUGAUGGGACUGCUGACGACAGCCACAUGCCUCUGAGUCCGGCUGCUGACACCAAACAUGAUCGCCCGCGGCAACAGGCGGUUACUAACGGCAACCCGACAGGCUCUGCUGUUGCCAGGGACGACGACGCGGAUGACACGUCCCCUGGAAACAGCAUUGUCGUCCGCAUUGGCAUCCCGGACCUGCAGCAGACGAAGUGUUUGCGGUUGGACCCAGAGUUACCAGUUUGGACCAGUAAGCAGAGGGUUCUGGUGACGUUGACUCAGUCUCUGUCGGAUGUUUUGAACUAUGGUCUCUUCCAGCCGGCGUUCAACGGCCGAGCCGGAAAGUUUCUGGACGAGGAGCGGCUGCUGAAGGAGUACCCUCUGCCCCCCAUCACCCCCAUCCCCUACCUGGAGUUUCGUUAUAAGAGGAGAAUUUACACACAGAGCUACGUGGACGAUAAACAGCUGGCCAAGUUACACACCAAGGCCAAUCUGAAGCGUUUCAUGGAACAUGUUCAUCAGAAGAACGUGGAGAAAGUUUCCAAAUGGCUGGAAAAAGGCCUGGACCCAAACUUCCACGACUCCGACACGGGGGAGUGUCCUCUGACGCUGGCCGUGCAGCUGGAGGAGAGUUGCGAGCUGAUUAAAGUCCUUCGCAGCGGUGGAGCUCAUCUGGACUUCAGGACCAGGGACGGGAUCACCGCUCUGCACCGAGCCGUGCUCUGCAGGAACAGCGCCGCUCUCACUACGCUGCUCGACCUCGGGGCGUCUCCGGACUACAAGGACAGCAGAGGUCUCACUCCGCUCUACCACUCUGCCAUGGUGGGGGGCGCCCCCUACUGCUGCGAGCUGCUACUGCAGGACCAUGCCACCAUUGGGAUGACUGAUGAGAACGGGUGGCAGGAAAUCCACCAGGCAUGUCGCUAUGGUAAUGUGCAGCACUUGGAGCACCUGCUGUUCUAUGGCGCUGACAUGAGUUCCCAGAAUGCAUCAGGAAACACCGCACUGCAUCUCUGUGCGCUCUACAACCAGGACAGUUGUGCCCGAGUGCUGCUGUUCAGAGGAGCAAACAAGGACAUCAAGAACUACAACAACCAGACUGCCUUUCAGGUGGCGAUCAUCGCUGGGAACUUUGAUUUGGCAGAAAUCAUUAAAAUCCACAAAACCUCUGAUGUUGUACCCUUCAGAGAAACUCCCUCCUACACCAAACGCCGCAGAGUCGGCGUGACCAGGACGUCGGCGGGAAACGGUCUCUCGUCUCCACGUUCUCUGAUUCGCUCAGCCAGUGAUAACGCUCUUGAAAGCCCCGCCUCCUCUCCUGGCCCCUCCCUCCAAAGCCUGGAGACUCACCACGACACGCACACACACUCGCUGCGACGUCACACACGGCGACUCAGCCCGAGCGGCGGAGGUCAUGUCGAGACCAGUCCCCCCCCCUCCCCUCCCCCGACCCCCCAGAUGAGGAAGAGGAGGCUGUACAGCGCCGUACCGGGACGCACCUUCAUCGCCACCCGCUCCCACGUCCCCCAGGGGCCUGGCGAGAUCCAACUGCACCGAGGGGAGAGGGUGAAAGUUCUGUCUAUAGGUGAGGGGGGAUUCUGGGAAGGCAGCGUUAAAGGGAGAACUGGUUGGUUUCCUGCUGACUGUGUUGAAGAAGUUCAGAUGAGACAAUACGACCCCAGACUGGAGACGAGGGAGGACCGCACCAAGAGACUGUUCAGACAUUAUACUGUAGGAUCCUACGACAACUAUACCUCCUACAGUGACUACGUGAUCGAGGAGAAGGCGGCUGUGCUACAGAAGAGAGAGAGCGAGGGAUUCGGCUUCGUCCUCAGAGGAGCUAAAGCUGAGACGCCGAUCGAGGAGUUCGCCCCGACGCCAGCGUUUCCUGCUCUUCAGUACCUGGAGUCAGUCGACCAGGGGGGCGUGGCUUGGAGGGCGGGGCUACGGACUGGAGACUUUCUCAUCGAGGUGAACGGUACAGACGUGGUGAAGGUGGGUCACCGACAGGUCGUCUCUCUGAUCCGACAGGGAGGAAGUCGCCUGCUGAUGAAAGUUGUGUCAGUUUCCAGGAAAUCAGAAUCCAACGUCAUCAGGAAGAAAGCUCCACCCCCUCCAAAACGAGCUCCCAGCACCUCGCUAACGCUCCGAUCCAAGUCUAUGACCGCUGACCUGGAGGACAUAGCCAGAAGGAGACGCUUCGAGAAACUGGAUGAGAUGUUGGCCAGCAGUCAGCAGGAAGUCGUUCUGAGGGCACGACCUGCGGACGACUUCAGAGCGGCAACGGUCAAACAGCGGCCGACCAGCCGACGGAUCACACAGGCCGAGAUUAAU